ACUGACUUUUUUACUUUUCUUCCACGGAAAAUACUCCUGCUCUCUUUUCUUCCUCCACCGCCUAUACCUUAUUCCUCUCUCUGUCUCUCUCUCCAUUGUUGGAUGUUGGACAUGGCGGAAUCAGCAGCGCUCUAUUUCUCGUCAAGCUUCCAUCUUCUACCGGUUCUCUGCCGGCCGGCAGAUCCAUUAUACCCGAAGCAAAACUUCGCCUCUUCUUCAUCCUCUUCUGUUCGCUCUCGUUCGGUUCGCACUAUCCGAUGCCGAUCUGGGGAUUCCGGCGAGGGCGGCUGCUUCGGGGGGGACCCUUAUGGCCCGUAUCCAUGGGAAUCUUCUACCCCUUCCGAUGAACCGACUUUCCAAUGGAUUCCUGAAGAUAAAAUUACUCUCUUUACCUCUGAAGGACUUGUUCAAAUUGGGGGUUCCCUUGUUCCUCGCCGCUUUCCUACUUCAGAUAAGAGACGAAGGACGUCAAAGGCUUCUCAAAGGUCCCAGAGGUUUCGAGAGAGUUAUUACAUGGAUCCUAAUCAAGUCCUUUGUCUCGGUGCCCUUUUUGAUAUUGCAGCUACAAAUGGACUUGACAUGGGAAGAAGGCUAUGCAUCUUUGGUUUUUGCCGUUCCAUUGAGAUGCUAAGUGAUGUUGUAGAAGACACCGUCUUGGAGCAUGGCGGCGAGGUUUUUACAGCAGAGAAGGCAAGCAAUGAAGGUUUACAAGAGAAACUGACCAUGACUGUUGCAGUGCCAUUGCUAUGGGGAGUUCCUCCAGCUUCCGAGACCCUGCGAUUUGCCGUCCGGAGCGGCGGAGGCAUAGUGGAGAAAGUCUAUUGGCAAUGGGAUUUCUUGUAGAGAAACUGAUGGAAGCAAUUUGUCCUUACUGUACAGAUUUGCUGCUGCUCUUGAGCUUGUAGCAUAUAUCCAUUUAUCAUGUAAAUGUAACAUUUGUCCUUGUAAAAAUUCUUCAAUAGCUGAUAACAUUGUUUCAGCUCAUCUGCCCUGCCCUGCUGCUCACAAUGAGCGCAGGGGUGAUGCAUGAUGGAUUAUGAUCACAAUGAAGAUCCCAUUGCAUGAGCACUAUA